GUGAGAGAGAAAGGGGGAGGUCUUCCCAGUCAGUCUGAAUCUCUCUCAGCCUACACAAUCUCCCAACACAACCUCAGGCUCAGUGAUGUUGAAUAUGCUGUGAGAGUGAGCUCUACCUUCCUUGCACGCUCUGCUUUCACCUGCUCGAGGACACACACAGCACACACACACUUGACCAUCAUGGAGGAGGCUGACCUGCUGAAGGAGAGGCUCCAGGCGAUAACGGACAAAAGAAGAAUCCAGGAGAACAUCGCAAAGAAACGGAGACAGAUUGAAGAGGAGAAAUUAAAACUCCAGUACAUAAAGAAGAAAGCCCUGAGGGAGCAGUGGCUGAUGGAUGGUCUGAGUCAGCAGUCGGAGGAGGAACAGGAAGCCAUGAGGCUUCAGGCUCAGGACGUACAGCAGCAGAGUGAUGAGCUGCAGAGCAACAUCCUCAGAAUAGAAAAGGAGAUUGAGGCCUUGGAAACACAGGAGCUCGUCAUCUCCGCCAACGAAGAAGUCGUUCUGAAACAGUUGAAAGAGGUGGAGAAGACGGCUGAGGACAUCAUCAAGAAAGCUACCUUGAUGGAUAGAGAGGCAGAUGGAAAAGACCUGAACGAAGGUUGCAGCACAACUGAGAAUAACAACUCCUUCUCCGUAACCAUGGAAACCACUGAGCAAUCAGAGCUGGCGAUGGACUGUGUAGUAGAGGUUGCUGUGGCUGAUUCACUUGAUCAGGGAAAGGAUUUCAGUGCAGAUGAUGAGCAAGUUUGUUUAGAGAUGGACUCAUCAGAUUUCCAGGGGGAAACUGGCAAAUUAUUAACUGACCUGCCAAGCGGCACAAUUGAGAUUGACAGGCCUGACUGCUCUGAGACCAGUGUUUGCACUGAAAUGCCUUGUCAAGAUCAAAAGGAGGCUUUGAUAUUAGAAUCAGGGCAUGAAGAGCUCAACAGGAAUGAGUCAAUCGCCUCAUCUGUGUCCGACACACCCUCCAGUGCUGACAGUGUUUAUGAGAAUGACGCUCACCGUAAGAGGCAGGACAUGUCUGAUUCUGAGCCAAAACAAGUCCCUGAACCAGAGCAGUGUCCUGACCCAGAACAAGACCCUGAACCAGAGCAGUGUCCUGACCAAGAACAAGACCCUGAUCUGGGGCAGUACCCUGAACCAGAGCAGUGUCCUGACCCAGAACAAGACCCUGAACCAGAGCAAUACCCUGAUCUGGGGCAGUACCCUGAGCAAGUCGAAGACCUUGGGCUAGGGCACUACCCUGAGCCAGAACAAGACCUUGAACCAGACCAGUACCCUGAGCCGGAGCAAUACCCUGAGCUAGAGUUAUACCCUGAGCCGGAGCCUGAGGCUGAGGAUAAUGAGCUGAAUCUCAAAGAUGAUGAUUAUCAAAAUGUGACAGUAGACACAGAAGAGGACCCAGAGGCCCAUGACAUCCUGUUCGAACCUCCUAUUACAGAGGAGUCUAUGUUGGAGCAGCGUAUUAGAGAAGACGCAAUGUCAGAUGUUUCCAAUGAAUCCUGCCAUGACCUUGAGCCUGAUGAAAUGGAUGAAUGCCUAAGAGUUGAGAUUGCAGCAGCUUCCUCAGACAGUGAGACGGAUGAAAAAUGGAGAACAAUAUUCUCUUCUUCUAUAAAUAAAGAAGAUGAUGACUCAUAUUUGGACAGUCUUCAGCUUAGUGCCCAAGAGCUCUUUGUGCAGAAAGUUGAGGUGACAGACUUUGAGGAACAAGGCAACAACAACUUUGAAGAGGUCCGUUUUGAGGUUCCACAAGUGGAAGAAGUUCUAGAACAACCUGAGGACAUAGUUUCCUUUCCUAACCCUCCACAAGAGGUUAAAUACAACCCUUUAGGCCUUCAAGGUUUGUCCAAAAUCUCUGAAGAUGACAGUGAAAAUGGCAGAGAUGCCAAUCAUAACCAAGCCAACCACCAAAAGCACAUCAGUGCAGAUUCUAACAAGAAGCUACCCAAAGACUUCUGUGUGAUACAAGAGACCAUGAGCGAGAAUGUUAGCACAGAGCAUGUGGACUUCCAAUUGGCUCGUAAACAGUGGCGGGAAAUGGAAGAGCAAACCAUGAACAAGAUUGUCUUACCUACGACCAAACAGCCCAGCUUCCAUGGCAGCCACAGCUUCAUGUACACCCCUGUCCGCAACAUUGAAAGGACUCACAAGAAAGCACACGAUCUGGAGAACUUGAAUCUAGUUGGCGAUUAUCCUCACACCCAAUUCAGCCCCUGCUCAGAGGAUUCUGGCCUGGAUGAUUCCAGUUACAGGUCUCCUUACGAUGACCCAGAAACACCAGUAGAGAGGGAGAUUCGCAUAUCAAUGGAGAGGGAGGAAAACUUCAAGAGAGAGAGGGGCCUCUCCAGGAUGGGCAAAUCAACUGAUUGUGUUCCAUCACGAAGUAUGCCUCGAUCCAUAAGCACUCCACUGACACCAUCAUUCAUCAUCACCUCCUCACCCACUAAGGAACCACUGAAACAUGAAUUAUCAGCAAACAAUGUUAUCAUUCUAGACCCUAGCAAUGAUUUCACCUCCAGCCCCAGACGUGACAAAGACAGUGUGGCAGCUCAGUCCCGAGAGUGGUGCUCCGAGGACAGCAGCUCCAACCUCAUCAUCCUAGAGACAUCCAAUCUGAUUAUUCGCAGUACCUCCGAGUUCUCACUCAAUAAAGCCAGUGAGCAGCCCCAGGAAAAAAUGUUCCUGAACAACCCCUUUUUCAAGCUGCGUUCAAGGAGCACAAUGUCACUGGUGGAUGAAGAAAUAAAGAUGGUGAAGCAGAGGGAGGAUGAGCUGAGGAAGGAGAGGGCAAAUCUAUAUGGCAAAGACAGGUUCAAUACAGACAGGAUAUUGUCAAAUCACAUGGACACUUUGGCGUUUGACAAUUCAGUUGAUGUACCAGUGAAGUGCAAGUCCUCUCCAUCAUCACCAAUGAAAACAGCCUACAGGAUGGAUCGCUCCGCUCUAUCCUGUGAUCACAGAUUUCCAGAGGUCUACACAGGAGGAAGACGCAAGAGUGCCAUGGCUCUGCGCUGGGAGGCGGGCGAGUUUACAAAAAACGACUAAAGAGGAUCAAGUCAAAAGUUUGCCAUUUAAGGGCAUUGAUUGUCAGUGUUAUACCCAUUCAAGUGAAAUGCAGUGUUGCGAUUGUUUGUUUCAUCUUGUGACAUAACCUAAACUCUGCUUCUGUGAUGCUUUGGGCAAAACUAAGACAAUAAGAAUGUUUGUGGCCACAUUACUUUGGAAUAAGUCAAUAGAGAACUCAGACACACAGAAUUAGACUGUACCGUGGACAUUAGUAACAUCUUUAGAUGCCCACACAACACUGAAAUGUCCUCAUCAUUUUUGAAUUGACACUCAUAGCUGGAAGGCUGCUGGUUUCAGCUCUUACUAGGCUACAGCUUUAACAACUUGCUGGAGUAGUAAAGUAAGGUUUAUUACAAUAUUGACACGGACGGUGCCAACACCCAGUUUCCAUUUAAAUUCAUUAUGAAUAAACAAUACUGAUAUUUUUAACUAUGGCAGGUGGUGAUGGUAUAAAAGAGAGGCAAAGCCAGGUUAUCAGCUUUUGUGUCAUGCAAUAAUUUUCUAUAACUUCAUGCCUCUGUGUGGAUUAUUACUUGCCUACUGAGGAACUGUUUAAAAGAUCUUAUCCACAAUCACUGAAACUCAAAAAAUGCCAGAGGAAGAAAACAGCAUUUGGCCUUUUUUAUGACGAUACUAGGAAAGGACAGGCCUAUCUUAACACAUUACUCAAAUGUCAUAUGUAGGCUUCAGCAGUGAGUCAGAAGAAAUCAGUCACUAGUGUAAUGCUGCUGGUCGUGUUGUGUGUUGGUCUUGUGUUAAAGUGUGUUUCUCCUUUGUGUUUCUUCCCUCUGAGGUUGAGGAUCAGGCAGAGUUGAAAUUAUCACUAGAUGGCGUGUUGGAGUUAGGGCUAAGAUUGUGCUGAUAUUAAAGCUGCAUGAAUUGAUUCAGCAGAAACAACCUAGUAACAAAACAUUAACACCUUAUCACCUUACGCAGUAAAUGGUUACCUAUUCACACAUCCAGCAGACACCAGCCUGGUCACCAGGUCACCAGAGAUGUUAGAUUUGCACAAUUCAAAUGCAUCAAAUCAACCUUUCUAAACAGAUGCUUCUCAGAUUACAUGCAGAUGGGCUGAGUUCAUCCUAGUGCGGCAGCAGAGCUCAAUAUUUUUCUAGAAUCGUUCAAUUUUGUGAUAAAAGCACCAAAUUUGUCAGAUGUGUUGACAAAUAU